UAUAAAUGUAAUUUCUGAUCUUUUCCAGCUUGAUGGAAUUUACAGAGGGAUGUUUCCUGCUACUUACAUCAGAUCAUUAGUUAGAAGCUUCAGGCCAGGAUCAGUCAUCCCAGAAGUGGAUUUGGAAUUCAAAGCUAAUUCCACGACCCCAAGCAAUCCGGACAUUGUCCGUGUACUCUACACAGCAGUGAAUGGAUCAGGAUAUGUGGGAGACCUAGAAUUGAACAGAACAAGCAUUAAUUCAGACACUGCUACUGUGAAUACGCUGCCUCCACUCAAGAUUGUUACAGAAUUCCUCCUUAUAGACGGAUUUACACCAGGACUGUCCAGUAGCAUAUCUGCAGAAUCAAUUAAUCUUAAUGAUAAAAUCAAUAAUUGGUUGAAACCUAUACUUGAAAAAUAUUAUGGUCAAACAAUGGUGAAUUCACCCUUUGCAAACUUCAGCAAUUCUGAUAAUUGGAUCCAGACCAAGGUGGAAUAUCAAUUCAACACACCCAUAAUUGUGAACACCAGCAAGAUAAUUGCUGAUAUCCUUGCAAGCACAAGUCCUGUACGCUAUGUGAAAUACACCCUGAAAGUCAAUGCAGAAAAUCAAGCACAAUUUCAUAGGUUCCUGUUUAGUUUGAGAAUACUGAACAAAGACUUCUCUGAUAGCCUAUCUAACAGAGGCUCCACAGAGUUUAAAGAGCUCAGCACACAAAUCACAACCUCGAUAAACACGGUUUUUGGAAAUGAGAACAGAUUUUCAGAAGUCUAUGUAUUAAAACUCACGAAAGGCUCGGUCAUUGCCAGUACAGAGGUGACCUUCUCCCAGGGAUCCACCUCACUAAAUAGCGUGUCUCAGAUCCUACUUAAUGGGGUCCCCUAUCUGGAAACACGAGGCUUGAUAAUAGACCCCACUUCCAUUAGCCCGCCAGUGCCACCCACCCCCAGACCCUUCCCUGGGUUUGCUGUUGCCAUCAUUGUACUGUGUGGCCUGGCCAUCCUCAUUAUCCCAGUACUCAUUAUUGUGGCCUUGAAGACAAGGUUGCUCAAGAAGCUAGCACAAGCUUUCUCGCUGAGGUCACCAGAUUAUUAUGACUUUUAAACUGCUCAUUCUUUUGGGGCAAUUAAUGCAUAUGCAGUAUCAGAAAGAUGGGGCCAGGAAGCAAAAUGAAGACAUCUUUCAUUUAAACCUUUUUUAUAAUAAUACACAGUAAUUAUUUGUUCAUAAUUUAUAUAUCAUUCUUGAAUGAGUGCAAUCUAUAGUCGUUUUGUGACCUACCAGUAUAUCAGAUUAAAAUAUAUUUUUUUAACCUAGUUUUUAUUUUACCUUUGAAAAACAAACUAAUUUUAGUCUGAAUGGCUUAACGGGUAUAGCAAAAAAAGAGAAAGAAAGUGUAAUAAUAAAAGCCACAGCACAACAGCAGAGAGCAGGUCUGUGUGUGAACACACAGUACUAAUGAUUCCCUGGAAGAGUUAUCUGAGGCUAGGCCAAAUACAACCAAAAUACACAUUUCAAACCUGAAAGGGUUUAAAAGAAAGAAGAUGCCAUUGAAAAUGAAUGUGUAUCCAUUUUAAGCAGUUUGGAAUGGUUCCCGUAGUGGUUGUGUAGAAAGCCUCUUUCUUUUUCUCUUCUCACUUCCAGAGUGCACUGUGUUACUGCAGUCAUGCAGUCUGUCUUCCCUGUUGUGAUUUUGUGUAUGAAAAGGUAUUAUAUAAUUGUUCAAAAGACAGUGUUAAAUAUUUUUGAACAAAAACAAAUGUACUAUAUUUUUGUAUGUAAAUGUAUGAUUAUUUGAAUUUUACAGCACAUAAACUAUGUAAAAUAU